AUGCACAAAGUAUUCAUGAAGAACAUUUGAUACACUUUAAUAAACUUUAACGUCUAAUGAUGAAAAUAUUUUGCAGGUCUCCUUGAACUACUCAAGCAUAAGAAUUGUAAUCUAUUCACAUAAAAGAACAUUACAUAAUUUCAAAAACUUAAAAAUUGUUUUUGUGCUUAAACAACCUUAAAUUUUAUGAAAAUCAACACAAAACAAAUGAACGACAUAACAAUCACUUCAUAAUGAAUCUUAAGGAAAAUGUCCAACCUAUGGAGCUAAGAAGUCCAUAAUCCUUAAAAUUUUACAAAACAAAUAGCACAACAAAGAAUCACGUAUGAAUUCAGAAAUCAUUUAACUAUAAUAUGGAGCUAAAAUAGCUUCAAUGAAAACUAAAUUCUACAUACCAACCUACUUAUGAAAUCAAACUGUGCGAUUCAACCAAUUCAACAACAAUUUACACAACAAUUGAAAAAAACUAGUAUGAAUCAAUUCUGAUUUAAUAUAAGCAUUUUAAAAAAACCAUAAAUAAAACACCAACCAUUUUGGAAUUUUGAAAAUUAAAACAAACAAGGAAAAAAAGUGUAAGUUUAGAUUGAAACAACACUUUUACAAAGAAAUUGGAGAAGAAAAAGAAAUUGACAAAUAAGGGUUACCAAAUUGUUGAAGAAGAUGAAGAAAUUGGAGCUUGUUGAUGCCACAGUUGGCCUAUCACUGCCGACCUUCGUCGAACGACGGCGAGCCAUGGUCGGCCGCCGUCUGCUUCCUUCUCCGGUGGCGUCAAUUGCAGCGGCCAAAGCCGCUGCUCACUUUCUUGUUUGGUGCGAUGCCCCCUUCCCCCCACUCUCGUCCAAUUCCUCUCAAUUUAUAGCCAGGAGAUUUCUUCCCGUUGAGAUUUUUCCCGUUGAAGCUUUAAUUGGGCGAAAUUCAUGGAGGAACGUUGGAGCGUGCUUGACUUCGGCUCUGGCAUUAUCUUCGUUGUGGAAGAAGUCGUAAACUUCUUUUUUUGCCUUGCGUGAGAUUGGAGAAGAAAGAGUACGCUGGGCUGGUCUUCUUUUGUUGACGAUGGUUUGGGCUCCGGCCCAAAAUCAAACUCUUUUUUUCAAAGUUGAGCUUCAAUUUAGUCUUUUGCUACAUUUUUCUCUAAAAAAUAAGAAAUCUGGUAACUUGGG